GUUUAUCUAAGCAUAAAAAACUAAUUCAAGAUGCUAAUACUAUAAGGCCAACGAUUUAUGAGUUGCCUGAAAGAGCAAUUGAAGAGAUACGAAAAACUUUAGUCUAUCAUAUUAAAGAAAGAUUAAAACAACAUUCAAAACAUGCUGGAAAUGCUCAUGUAAUUGUUAAUUGCACGGAGAGUCAAUUUUUUAGUGUUUUUAAAGGAUAUAUCCAUAAUUAUUAUCCAAAAAUGGGAAAUUAUAAGUGUAUAUUUAAAGGAGCUGAUUCGUAUUCUACUUUAUCAUAUAUAUUUAGAGAUGAUAAUUGGGGUGUCAAAUAUUUUUUACAAUAUCAAAAAACAUUUAUUUUAUCAUACCAACUACCAUCAAAUCCAAGCAAUUUUGAUUCUUUUCAGGAAUUAUAUGUACAUCUUCUUCAAGAACCAGAUCCUCUUCAAGAACCAGAUCUUCUUCAAGAACCAGAUCCUCUUCGAGAACUAAAUCCUCUUCGAGAAUCAGAUCCUUUUCAAAAACUUAAUCAAAUUAAAAAAUUUAGA